GCCCUGGAGGGCGCUCAGGGUGGGGUAGAAGGUUGCAGCUACGGCCCGUGUUCUUAGCAUCGUCAUCAGCUCAACUAAGUGAUCUACCCGGGAGGAAUCCUCAGGCCGGACACAGUCAACUUUCCGAGUUCACUCUGUCGUAGAAGAAUUCCAGGACUAGGUAGAAGUUGUCGCAGGGCGCGCAGCGCCUGCUCUCCUGUACGUCCAAAUGCCGCUCUACAAAUGGUCGUAGACCACAAGGAAACUGCUGACAAGCUUCCCAGACGCAGGGCUUGGUACUGCCCGCAGCACAUCGAAUCUCCCCUGAAUUUGCAUUAUCAAACGAUACCAACAUGGCAAAUGUGACGAAUACAGGUGUGGGAGCCGUCCCCUCCGACCGCACCAACCGACGACGCGGAGUCUGGAGAAGGAUGCAGCAACAGGAGGCACGACAGAACCAGAAUCCGACACGCAGACAAGGAGCUGCAGAGGCUCAGUCGAAUCGACAAUUACGUGUUCCGAGUCCACAAAGGGGUCGGGAAUCUCGCGGGCGAAACAAUGCAUAUAGUGCUCGCGGGAGGGGAGGCUCGCCUGCACAUGGCCAGUCUGCGUCGCGGAACAAUCAAAGCUACUCCGGUAGACACCAUGUCAAUGCGCCGGCGCCCUUGCUGUCGCUGUCAUAUAUGGAGACUGUGGUUCAGCAAGCAGCCCAUACGCAUUUGACAAUAGAUGGGAUCGGUUACCUGCAAUGGCAGUCGAGCACCACAUAUAGCAUCAAUGGUACUCCCCGCCUUGUAGAAACAUCGAGCGUCUUGACCCGUACCGAGUCUACUGGCUGGGACUCAAUGGACUACUCUUCGUCAAUGGAGGCAACCACCCCGAUGAGUGAGCCUCCUGAGCCGUGGCCAUCUCAUUCGGGCGGCCAUAACUUCGUCGGCGCUGGCGCUCAGUUUGAGUCCGAAAACACACAACUAUCGGCAGACCACGACAAGUCGAUAGAAUCGACUGCGACGUUUGACGAUAGCUUCGGAGCUUCCGGUCCUCGCCCCGUCAUUAUCGUUACCAGCGACGGCCAGGUUGAUGUCGUCGAGCCGGUUGAGGUGCGGGAUGACAGCAGUGCCGCAGACAUGGCUGCCGAGAUCGAUCUCCUGUCGUCAUUGCCUUUCGACAUGUCUCGGGCUGACCUUGAUUGGGUCAAGGAGGAGGAUUGGGUCAACACAAUACCGUUGGGUCUCCCACGAGCUUGGACGUUUCCAGGAGUGUACAUUCCCAGUGUUGGCGAAGAAUUGGUAAGCCAAUACUUCUGGCUGGUUCUCUAAGAAGUUCAUUGACUGACUCUCCUACCAGGCAGCUGUAGUCCAGACCUUAUCGAUCGAAUGACUGUCGGGCAGUCAAUCUCCUCUUUCUUCGACAUUGGCGUUACAGUUGUUGUAUUUCGCUACGGUAACACUGGAUACACCAUACGGGAUGGGCAUUUACGGGUACAUAUGGGAAGGCUCGUAGCGGCGUUACAGCAUUUUG